CCAAAAAGUGCACUUCACUCCUUGUUUUAGGGGUCUCUCUCUCCUUUGUCUCUAAAUUAAGUUUCAGUUGUUCUAACUGUCUGAGACUAAAACGACUUUUUUCAGGGAAAGCACAUUCUUUAACCCAUACAUCAUAUCGGUUCAACCAUCCUUCCCCAUAAUUUACAUGCAUAAAUGUGAUAUUAGGAUCAACAUAUGAACACCCUGUACAUACCAUAACAUGUGUCACAGGAUGUGCUUUGCUACAUGUUUUUCCCAUUAUUUUUUAUUUAUUUAUUUAUUUUUUACACCGCCUAUAACUUUCAAAGUUUUAAUCAAUUUAACCUGCUAUGAAAAUCAAGUGAAUAUGCAUUCUCGUGCACAGACAGAAAAGGUUCUAGUGUGUGCCAAAUCUCUAGACAUUUAAUUAAUCGUAUAACUUAUAGGUUCGAUAGAGCAAACCUUAAGAAUGUAAAAAAGUAUUCCUGUGAGGGCGAGUCCACAUACAGCAAUUUGGUAGGACUUAGUUUUCUCUUCCCUUAUUUUAAAAAAAAUAUAUAUAUAUUUUAAUUUUUUUAUCUCGGUAAAAUUUACUUGUGUUAAAUUUGCCAAAUAUAUCAUGUACCGCUGAUAUGAUGGAAUGAGUCAAUGGGGCAUGCCACUUGAUGAUGAUCUGCCGUAAAAAUACUGCGCCUCUUGCUCUUCUUAAUAAGUACUCUCUUUACUUAUUUAUUGCUCGAACCGGACUCUUUCUGUUAGCAAAUAUUUUUGCUGUGAUCUAUGUUACGGCCCGGUCUAGGUCGGGCCGCAACAUACAAUAAAAUAAAACAAAGGGUUGACGAGACCAAGAUUGCAUUUGCUUUGUUUAUUCUCCAAACGGAGCACCUUUUUAUAUAUACAAAGUGGUUUCACUCUUCAGAAGCCGGCAAGGCCAGAAUAAAAAACAAAAAUACCCUCUAACUUUACCGAAAGGAAACUAACUAAACUACAAGAAAAGAAAACAAAAAUACACCGUCUUCCCUCACUCGCUAGCUAAUCAGGAGAAAAGAAGAAUCAACACAAAUGGCACCGAUUCCUACAAACUACUCUUAACCGUGAACUAUUUACAGAGGUGACUAUUAGUGUGGUAAUUAACAAAAUAAUAUAUACAUAUAUACACAAGUGUAUCACACGAAUCGUAACGGGGCAGAGCGUAAACAAAGUCGAAUCAGGCAUAGGGUCAUGCACAGCCGAAAAGCACUCCUCUCACGCAAUGGCAAUGAUUUGCCCUGAGAUGGAGACUGACGAGGCUUAAGUACACUUCCGGAAACGUGCAGGCAACCAAUCCUGUCGCACAAGGCCGGAGCAGGCGUGGACAAGACGUGAUCAUCCACUAGCAAGCCCGAAUGUGACGCAUGCAGUAGGCGGGGCCUAGAGAAGGGGGAGGAGACAAGAAACCCAUCCCACCACCGACAUAGACACACAAAUGACGCAUAGAGCAAACAGAAAUACCUUGGAUAAUGUAACAAUCUAAGAAACACCAAUAUCUCUGCCGUCACAAAGGCGAAGUUCCUGGAACUUCUUAUAACAAAUGGCUCCAUGUAAUACUUCUCUCAAUUCAGUGGUAAGGCUGCAUCGGUCUUUCACUCUGCACAACAAAGGGCAAACCGCCUUCGCGUCAACACAGGGUGUUUCAGGGUGAAACUUUUCUACGAGCGUCCUCCGGUUUGCUUGUUGUCCAGAAAAGCUGAAAAGACUCACGCAGCCCAGCCAGGAGACGCCAAAUUGUCAUGGAAAUUGGACAACACUCGCAGACUGGUCCUCUGAAGGAGACAAACAUGGAGCAUAUGUACAUGAUGCCCAACCCUGGGCUACCCAGUUACCCACCUGGGCUUGAGUACCUGACACAGAUUGAUCAGCUGCUGAUUAAACAGAAGGUGGAGCUCAUAGAGGCUCUGGUUGGCUUCGAGAGCAAUAACAAGUAUGAAAUAAAGAACUCGAUGGGCCAGAACGUGUUCUAUGCAGUAGAGGAGAACGACUGUCUAACGCGACAGUGCUGCGGCCCGCUGCGCUCGUUCACCAUCCGCGUCCUGGAUAACUUCGGCCAGGAAGUGAUCACCAUCAGCCGGCCCCUCAAGUGCAUGUCCUGCUGCUUCCCCUGCUGUCUGCAAGAGCUGGAGGUUCAGUCUCCACCAGGGAACAUAGUGGGUUAUGUGCUCCAAGAGUGGCAUCCUUUCUUUCCCAAGUUCACCAUCCAGAAUGAGCACAAGGAGCCUGUGCUGAAGCUGCGGGGGCCCUUCUGUGGCUGGAGCUGCCUUCCAGAUGUCGACUUUGAGAUUUUGACCAUGGAUGAAGUGAGCAUCGGGAGAAUCAGUAAACAGUGGUCAGGACUUCUCCGAGAGGUCUUUACAGACACUGAUAACUUUGGGAUCCAGUUCCCGAUGGACCUUGACGUCCGGAUGAAGGCAGUGAUGAUCGGACUCUGCUUCCUCGUUGACUUCAUGUUUUUCGAGACAAACAACUAACUGCUGAGCGAGCGAGAGUAACAGAAAGAAGCAGAAACGACGAAAGUAAGGGUCUGUUCCAGAAAGAGGACUGGGAGGAAUUUGUCAAAUCCUGUGCCAGCAGGUUUAUUGAUUCCAAAUAAACAGAUGAUCAGCUAACCCAACCCUGCAUAUAGUCUGCCAGGAUUGUAAAGUGCAAAAAAAAAAAUAAAAAAGUAAAUUUUCUCAUCAGUAAAACAAGAGGGGGAGAAGGCAUAGCAAAAAAAAAAAAAAAAAAACAUGACUUACAGAAGGUUCUGUAGCUUUAUUGCAUUCAGUAUUUAUGCUAAUUAUCAAUUCAUUUAAAUAAAUAAUGCUUGGCAACAAACAGUUUCAAAACAGAUAGGCUUCACUUUACUGAUCAACUUUUAUGUGAAAAAAAUGUAUCCAAUUAGCCUUUACUGUACUGAAAUUAAGGACCGUGCACCAGAUAAAUGCAUGAAAGUUUUAUUGGAGAUUGCGAGGUUUAAGAUGGGCGUUUAUUAGUUCUUUCUGUGUGAGAAGAAGCUGUGUCGAAAACAUUGUCGCAGCAUUGUACAGCACUGAUUAAACAUGAAUCUGAUCUGAUCAGUGCUCCUUAAACACUGCAGUUGCGUUUAAACUGCACUUAACCAGACGUCUUCUAGUUUAUUUUCACAGAGCCGGAAGAACCAAACCGGAUUCCGUCUAAUCCUUGUAACUGGAAGAGAAAAAUCAUGAAUCAGACUUUCUGGAACGGACCCCCACCGUUUCCUUAUUAAAUCCAUAUAGCGUUUAUUAUAUAGAGAGAGUUCAUAGAAAUCUAGUAGAAUGGAUUUUUUUUGUUUAGCCACUAGACAUUAUACUUGGGUUUUUGUUUCCCUCGUUCCUCUAGAUGUCCUGACCCACUUCUUAAACAGAGCAGUCGGAGGUUAAGGGUCUUAACCACCGAGGAAACGUUUCCCUGAAACAUUAUAGAGUUUGUUUAAUACCCAUCCUAGUUUAUGAUGCUUUUGAGCUAACUCGACUAGCACCCUACCUGCUGAAGCACCUGUAGAUAUUUGAAACCUGUACGUGUGCAUUGUAAAGUGUAGUGACUUUUUGGUUUGUAUUCCUGCGUAACAGAAAAUCUACAGAUCUUACAGCAUUACUGUAAAAUCGAAUAUUUAUGACGGAUGACGCUGCAGCAUAACUCGUACAGGUUUACUCUAAUACUGAUACGACUGACCAUGACUACUUUUUAUUCUUUAUUAUAGCACAGUGCGGUUGAUGUGUUGAUUAUAACAGCAGCUCUGACAGUAGUGCCAGCUGUAAGGCUUAAUCGAACAAAUAAUCAUUUUAAUAGUCUCUGCUAAUUAACAUGGACGUUCUGUUAUUUAACAAAUGAACAAUGUGUAAUUGUUGAUCUGGUGAUGUGUUCUCUGAGGAGAUGUUUGUUAUAUUUAUGGAAGGAGUCUCCAGUGUCAGUGCUUUGUGGUCAAGCUGCAUAUUAUUAUUAUUAUUAUUAUUAUUAUUAUUAUUAUUAUUAUUAUUAUUAUUAUUAUUAUCAUCAUCCUACUAACAUGAGACAAACGAGAGGCUGGUGAGGGAGCUGCUGUAAAGUAAAUGAAAGUGUUCCACAAUAUUAAAUGUAAAGUGUGAAAAGUAUGGCAUGGCACUCUUUAAUUAAUACAAAUUGGAUUCAUUGGCAAUUUGCCGUGUUGUAAGAGGAAUAAAACACGUCUGUGCUGUAAUUGGAAAAUAAUCAAGUUUAGGCUGGUAACAGGAAAUCCGCUUGAGACUGACAAAUAUUUACGUACAUACACAUUUUUCAGUAUUUGUUUAUUAUUAUUGUUGUUGUUGUUGUUGUUUGUUGUUAUUAUUUUAAAUAUAUUAAUACUUUGGAUUACUAUACAUAACUGGAAAGCCAUUUAUCCACCCAGGAUAUACAAAAAGGAUGUAUUAUAAAUCUGCUACUGUAUUGAUGUUUAGUUUCUUUAUUUUGUGUCAGUGUGGGUUAGUAUUUGACCAUAUUUGUUUUAACAUGUUCAAGCUCUUUUUCCAAAAUAUAAUAUGAUCAUUUUUUUAUAGUAGUACCAAACAUUUGCAGUAGAGGGCAACAGCAGCCUGUUUAACCUCUGCACCUACUACCUUUACACUUUAUCCUUUUUCUUUAUGCAGAUGUACUCCAGUACUUGUUGUUGUUUCCCUUCUUUUUUUUUUUUUUUUUUUUUUUUUAACCUCAGGUACACAUGCAUGUAACUGAUGCUUGCACUUUAAAAAACCUCCCUGUUUGUCUGUGAAGCUGUAGUUCAAUUGAUGCCUAAUGUGCUUGUUGAUACAGUAUGUAGUCCAUGCACUGCCUUGUUCUGCAGGUUUUUAUUAAAAAAAAAACAAAAAAAACACUUAUUUUCAACUUUCAGAGGUCUGCGUGACUUUUGUCCAGUGGUGAUGUGGGCAAAUAGUGCUACACUGGUUGUCAGACCAGUUAUUAAAACAUGAGUAACGGUGUUAUUUGAAUGCUAGUAGGGACAAACUGCUGGGAAGGAAGGAAGGAAGGAAGGAAUAAAACAUAUUUUGUUUUGUUUACAUAGUUUAAUUAAAGCACCACAAAACAACUAGUUUAUCCAGGCAAAUCCAAGAAGAUUUCCAUACUUGUAAAGGUAAAAAUAUCAUUAGUGAUUGCAGUUUUGGCGGUACAGAUAGUGUUUAUAUACUGUUAUGUUUUAACACUCCUGAUAUGAUGGAGGCUUAUUUAGCUAGCAAUCUGUAGAGAACACCGAGCUAGAUAAAUAUGGCUGUAAUUAUUCCAGUGACCGAAAAUUCCAUCUAGGAUGGUUUAGCUUAUUCAUGCAGCUUCAUAUUUAAAUAAAUAAAUAAAUAAAUAAAAAUAAUUAAUUUCCUUAUUAACCAUU